UUCCCUCAGGGGUUCCUAAUCAAAGCCAGCAAGAAUCAGUACGAUGCCAGUAAAAUGUUCAUCGGGGGAAUAUCCCGCAAUAUCAGUAAGCAAGCUCUUCUCGAAUAUUUGACCCAAUUUGGGGAGAUCCUGGAUUUUAUUAUAAAAACCUAUCCAGACACCGGACUCUCUAGGGGGUUUGGAUUUGUGCUUUUCAAAGAUAGUGCCUCCGUUGAAAAGGUGCUCCAAGUCGAAGAGCACAAAGUGGAUGGCAAAAUGAUCGACCUUAAACGGGCUAAAGCCAUGGAAGUGAAAUUCCCUCCAAGAAAAGUUUUUGUUGGAGGGUUGAACCCCCGUAUGUCUGAGGAAAAAAUCAGAGAGUAUUUUGGGGCCUUUGGCAUGAUUGAGAAUAUUGAGCUUCCAGUGUGUCCAAGAAUGAACGAAAGACGAGCCUUCUGUUUUAUCACAUACACGGAUGAAAAACCAGUGAGGAAGCUGUUAGAAACCAGGUACCAUCUAAUUGGCUCUGGGCGGUGCGAAAUUAAAAUUGCAUUCCCAAAAGCAUAUGUGAAGUCGCAACACAGGGGAGGAAGAGAGUUUCCUUUUGCCAGAGUUGGCAACCGCUGGGGAGGAAUAGGCUCCCAGGCAAACCCAAAUCCUUACAUGGCAAACCCAAAUCCUUACAUGGCAAACCUGAAUCCUUAUGUGGCAAACCUGAAUCCUUAUGUGGCAAACCCAAAUCCUUUUGGAGCAAAUCCACAUCUUUGCAGAGCAAAUCCAAGUGCUUUUGGAGCAAACCCAAAUCUUUGCGGAGCAAACCCAAAUCUUUGUGGAGCAAACCCAAGUGCUUUUGGAGUAAAUCCAAAUGCUUUUGGAGCAAAUCCAAAUGUUUGUGGGGCAGUUGGAGGUGAUGGAAGCCCUUCUCCUGUGUUUGUUUCUGUUCCCUUCUCAGCCUGUAAUGAAGGGUUUAAUUUUUCUAAUCAAGUGUAUGGAAAUUUCCAUAAUGCCUACUACAAUGAUCGGCCAGUGUUUAAUACCUAUGGUGGAGAGUAUUUUCUUAGCUAUAACUAUGGGACUAAUGCUUUUGGAACUGCAUUUACUAAUUACAAUGUUCAAAUGAAUGAAGCAUCUCCCUUUAACGGUGGUUAUCAGGGACUUUAUCAGCCUUUCUGA